ACGCUGUUAGCGCGAUGUUGUUGGGGCACGCGUGCGAAGGGCAGGAAACUCACAAUGCCGGUUUCGGGGUCGACAGCGCGCGAAAGCGUGUCAACGGCGAUGACAUGGGUGCUCAACUUGUUCCAGGGCCCGUACUUCCGCCAAUUCGACGUCGACACCUCUUCCCACGAGUAGUCGAAUUCGGUGUGCUGCUGGAAGAUCUUCAUGGUGGGUGUGCGCUGGGGGGCGCGACCCGGUCGGCGAUAAGGAGUGUUCCUCUAUGCGGUGGGCGACUUCGCGGCGUUGAAUGACGAUGUCGACCACAGUAGUGAUAUGGAUUGAUGGGAGUGAAAGGAGGUCCCGGAAAAAAAAAAGCUCAAUAUGUCGGUAAAUGCGGAAAGCAAGGACCAAGCACUUCCGGGCGCUAUCCGAAAAUCGGCAACGCCGCGGUUACAUAAGCUGUCGAAGCGUCGUGAAACGGCCCAAACGGUCUCGUCAGAGGUGCAAUCCAAGAGAAUGUGUGCGAUGCCCCAGGGUGAGCACGCGAUGAGUAUACGGAUGAAGGAAAGUGCAAGUGGUGUUUGGGGCGGGAGAAAGGGCUUGCGGCUUUGUAUCGGGCGUCCGCUUCCAGGCGCCCUCGCAGAUCCUCGGAGCCAGACGCUCGCUGACAGCAUCGAAAAUUUCUUCGCCACAGCCCUCCCGCACAACCCACGGCCACCGAGUCCCAGCCAACAGGAACCCGCGUCUUGUGCGCCCUGGCAGAUCUUGCUCGCUCACUCAGCCCGAGUCUGCCCGUAUGACGUUCUAGUCCCGCAGCCACGUCCACCCUGUUGGCCGAAGUGCGGAGAGCCCUGCAGGGCGUCGUGGGGUGCGGGAGAUGAGUCCCGCGGCGAGAUCGCAGGUUCGGUUGCUGUUUGUGCCAAGUCAAACAUUCGAGAAUACCUUGCCGGUCCACCGCCUUCUAUUAAUGUUGCUACAAUACAAAUACAUUUUGUCCGAAGAGCUGUCCUGUCCAGACGCUGCAAUCCAGCAACUAAUGAUACAAUCUAACGCGCAUUGGCCGUCCAAGAACCAUUAUAUAGUACAGUCGGCAUUACCUCUGAAUGUGCCCAUCAUGUCGCACCAGAGAGGGGUAUAGAACGAGAAGAGUCGAGAAAAAAGACCAAAACGCCUGGAAAUGCUUCUUUACCUACGUCAUUACCCUUCGUAUUCGUCUCGUGGAGCGAUGCCCGCAGCCGCCAAUGCGCAUUCGACCGCUUCUCUGCGAU